GCGGUGGGCCAUGGUGAUGGUGUCGCGGCGAUCCUGGCCAGGGAAACAUUGCUCUGUCUUUUUUGGUUGUGGCUUGAAGUUGACUUGAGCUCGAGGAUGUGCGUUGUGUUAUGAACGUUUUGGAGAACAGUGGUGGGGUGGAAGAUCACGCUCAUGGGACAUGCCAAUAUCAAGCUUCGUUUACGAGCUUCAACCAGUUGUCCACUCCGUGGGGCUCUGCGAUGGCAGAAAAAAGCCUUACUACAAAAUCAUUUCCUCCAGACACUCAAGACAGCAGAAAAGCAGACGUAUUACAUGUAGUAUGCACUGUGGACACCCAGAAUCCCCGCACGGAAGACAUCCGCCGCCACCAGAACUGCCAGACCUUCUACAUGUUGCUCAGUCAUAUCGCGUUGUCAGCCUUGUUUCUCUAAUCUAAAAAAAUAAGUUUACGAGCGUGAUGAGAAUUGAGCACACCAUAGGUAUAGCAAUCGACAAUCAGAACGGUUUUUCACUUGUGAAUCAAAUAGAGAAUCAAAUCUUCACAGG